GAUUUUGUCCAAAACCAGUGUUGGUCACUGCUGCAUAAGAUGCAACAGCUGGUGCGGAGUAAAUUGUAAAUUAAAUGUGAGUGAAAAUGCCCAUAAGCUGCAAGUCUCAGUGCGGAAAUCGCGCUGUUUUAAAGCGCCCCAAAACCGGCGAUGCUCUGUGCAAGGAGUGUUUCUUUGCCGCCUUUGAGGCAGAGAUUCAUCACACAAUCUCCUCCAGCAACUUGUUUCGACUUGGCGAGAAGGUGGCCGUAGCGGCCAGUGGAGGCAAAGAUUCCACGGUUCUGGCGCACGUCUUAAAAUUACUGAACGAACGCCAUAACUACGGUCUGGAACUGGUGCUUCUUUCAAUAGACGAAGGCAUCACUGGCUAUCGGGAUGACAGUUUGGAGACCGUGAAACAGAACCGUGACGACUACCAGAUGCCCCUAAAGAUUCUGUCGUACGAGGAGCUCUACGGUUGGACCAUGGACCGUAUUGUUGCCCAGAUCGGCCGUUCUAACAACUGCACGUUUUGCGGAGUCUUUCGCCGACAGGCCUUGGAUAGAGGGGCCAAGCUGUUGGGCGUAGACAGCAUAGCCACGGGCCACAAUGCAGAUGACAUUGCAGAGACUGUCUUGAUGAACGUGCUCCGUGGGGACACGGCGCGCCUGCGACGCUGCACGAGCAUCCGCACCGGCGGUGGCGAGGAUACCAUUCCCCGAGUGAAGCCUCUUAAAUACAGCUACGAGAAGGAAAUCGUAAUGUACGCCCACUAUAAGAAGCUGGUCUACUUCUCAACUGAGUGCGUAUUCGCCCCCAAUGCGUAUCGCGGCCACGCCAGAGCGUUUCUCAAGGAUCUGGAGAAGGUGCGACCUUCGGUUAUAAUGGACAUCAUCUACUCCGGGGAACAACUUCGCUUCAAGGACACCGUAAAGAAGCCUGAGCGUGGCACCUGCAUCCGAUGUGGGUUUGUUUCCUCGCAGCAGCCCUGCAAGGCAUGUGUCCUUCUCGAGGGCCUUAAUAGGGGUUUGCCAAAGCUAGGCAUAGGCAAGAAGUCGAAAGGUGAGCGAAUGAUUGCCAAGCAGGACCAGGAACUAGCCCUUCGCGAGCGAGCACAUUUAGUAAAAAACGAUUUUUAACAACACAAAUUGAGUUUUUAUUUAUUCAUAGUUCCACAAGAUUAUAAUUUUUCUUCAUCCAAGGUACCCAACCUGAAAAGAGAAGAGCAAAAAUAAGUUUAAUAUGCCCCAAGCAAUUCAUUAAUUUUAUAAUGCAUUACGAUGCUCAGUGCCAAGUUUUUAACCAGGGCCCAUAACCAGUCAAACAUGACUCCCUAUCUCCAAAAGAAUAUUGAAGAAGAUUGUCAGCGCUUGACCUUUAUAUGGUGUCUGUGAAUGGUUUAAGUGAUCAUCAUUGAAGUCUUCAUUUCCGAUAAACAGCAUUUCUGGAGUACUAACCUUUCUGGAUAAACGCCUUUAUAAAGUAACUAUUGUAAUUUUUUUUUUACUGCUUUCACACCUGUAAAAAGAAAAACAUUACAAAUAAGAAUGGCGUUUAAAUAAAGACGAAAUGAUUUAUCGAUUUUAAAA